GUAAAAGGUACGGGUCACUACUCAGUGCCCGCGAGUACGGCGUCGCGCGCGCAUGUGUGCCGCCAUUACGUUCCAAAUUUGAAACAAAGCCCGCCAAAACUGAAUUGAAUUUGUGUUUUCGAAAUUGAAACGUGACAAUUGCGAUUUUUAACCUGUGGACCUUGGGACUCUACGCUUUUUUUCCGUCGCGACAGCGAAGGACGAAAAAGAUAAGUGUUCGUUGCGUGCCAUUGUGAAGUGUCAACGCAGUGUGCCACUACGCUCGUUCUCAGAAGCGCUCCGAUGUAGAUCCCAUGCCGCGCACGCUGUUAUGCAAGCGAGCCAGUAACACCGUCUCGGCUGUCGUAUUGACAUAGCGAGUUGACAUUUCGCGCCAAUGUCGAGUGAAUAGGCAAUGGCUUUGACGAACUUUACGCUCGCUGCGGUCGGCGGUGCGACGCCGGCGGUGGUCGCCACGACCCCGGCGCCUCUGCGUGUUGAUCUCGAUGAUUUGCUGUACUCGCCGGAGGAGCAACAGCCGGAUUCAGUCCCACGAGAGCCCGGCAACGAACCCUUUGCCCCACCUUCCAAUCAACGCAGAUCGAAGUUAAGAAAACGUGCGGGUACAACAUAUCUUCCUCCGCUUAACCAAUACUCACGGUAUUCAAACACUGUCCCCAAUAAUCCGUACGCGUCUCAAUUACACACUCAGUUAUACCAGCAGAAUGCAAGACUUGACAUACAGAUAGAAAACCAACGAGUUCAAGAAGUGAACACGCAGUACGACAAUACCGGACAGUACGUUCACGAUCCUAGUGGAGAUUAUGAUUAUGAACAGAGACGGUUAGGCCCGAACUCGCAGCACCCGUCCUAUAAUCCGGGAUACGCGGAUUCGUAUCCACCGGCGUCGACGCCGAGCCCUUCUUCUAGUCGAAGGUUCGAUGGGAGUUCGAACCAAAACGUAAAUAACUUCAAUUUUCUAAAUAGACCAUCGACGACACCCGUGAAUGCACCCGCCAGACCGUCCACUGAAGGGGCAAAGUCUGGUAGUGAUAAUAGUGGGCAGCCGCCACCGGACAGGCCUCGUGGGUUUACUAAAGUGGAGACAGGAGGUGGCUCUGGUGGCAAAACGCAGCUGCACGCAGUACUCGACUACGAUGACGACGAUUACUAUGACGAAGUUCCUGGACCAGGUCUCCAACCAGCGGUGACUCCGCUCCAAGGUCCAAUCCUCCUGCGCAAUGGAUCAGUGCCCGUUGUGCCACUCACAUCCUAUCGGACAGUCAACAAUGGCUCCUUCUACCAAAUACCAAUCCUGUGGACAGCGCUAUCAGUGGCCUUGGGCUAUGAGCUGCAAGGUCAGAUUAUACGAGGCGUGCCAUGUGUCAAGCGUAACUACCAAUUGUAUUGUCCUACCGCUGGCAACUCCUAUCCUUUGGAACAGAUCGAGACGUUUAUAGACGAGAAUAAAGCGUUAAUAAAGAGAAUGUAUGGGUCCUUCAACACGCCAGCAGGGAGCCGGGUAAAGCGAGCUCCAGGUGUACCAGAUAUGCAUGAUGCUUCUGGCGACUCGUUCUUCAGACAUGCUCGACAAGCAGCGAACACGCCCUUACCUGACGCUCAGGCUGUUAAUAGCACUGGAAGAGUGGACGCUUGUGAGAGCAAGACAGAGAUUAUGACUCCGUAUUGGGCGCUUAACUCGGCCAGGAAGUUGCGCGCCAUAGUCAACACUAUGCACUUCGAACAAGCAAUACAUCAGGAGACGUGCAGUAAAACAACAACCAACAGAUGCAACCGCGACUGCGGCUGUGAACAGAAGUACAAGUGGCAUCGCCUACUCGCCUACGAUCCUUCAGACGACUGCGCCGGCAUAUUCAUGGACUGGUUCUUGUUCCCAUCCUGCUGUGUGUGUAGAUGUAAACCUUAAACUCUUUAAAUAGCAUUAAUGAGGCAUAAUCUACAACCUCUUUAGUCGAUUUAAGCUUUGCACACACCUAUCUAUGCGAUGUUAUAUCGAUUAUCGCGUGCUAGUAAAUGUUAUCGAUUUAUGAAACAAUCGAUAAGUUUGUAUAUGCGCAAUCAUACUCAUGCGUAAAAUAAACUUAUGUUCUGAUUGUUAUAUACGAAAAUAAUUAAAAUUAUUCUCAUAUAAAAUAUGUAAUAAUGAUAACAGUAGUGCGUCCCGGCUCGAUUUAAACUAAAAAUAAAAUUGUAUUCUACAUUAAAGUUAGUCGAAAUACCACUUAUUAUGUGUUUUAAAGGCCCUUAGAGUCUAUAUUAAUAUUAGCCCUCUAUAAUGGUGGUACGAAGGUGUGGGCGAAGCUUUAUUUGCGAUAUCGCAGUAGAUUUUAAUCAAGUAAGUAUAGAGUCUAGACUUCAGCAAGAAUCUCUGUAGGUUUAUUGUUUAUUCGAACUAGUUUCGACUUUAAAUACGGAUUUUUUAAAUCAUAUUGCAAUCAAACACUGAAUAUUGAAACUAUUAUUUUUAAUCUUUUACGAAUUUCUUGAUAUGGAUAUUGUAUAAAUACGAACGAUGACAGUUUAAUUGAAAUAGAAAACAUCAGUGAGAAAAAUGCAACAAAAUUAAAAGGUGCAAAGUUUGAAAUAUAAAUAUAUUAUAAAUAUGACUUCUAUGAAAUUGGCCCAUAAUUAGCCCAUAAUUUGACAUACAGUGAAUUAACAAAAUAUUUUCAUACAUUAAAAUUCUAUUAUUAAAUAAAAUACGCUCUAGAAUAAAAUAGGUUUAUCAAUUGGCUUCAGAACUUGUAUAGCAUUAGAAUCUAUGAAACAUUUUAUUAGCGUAAGUCGAAAACCGUACAUGGCUUAAGAUUUUUUAUGUAUAAUGGAACACUGCCAUUGUAUAAUUCCAUAAUCACCUAUUUAUAAGAUUUUUUUAAAUAUCGAUAUUUUAAGUGCUUUCGACCGUGCGUUACGCGUAAUAUAAGUUCGUUGUACUAUAUAGACUUAAGUAGAAAUAUAACUUAGUUUUAGUUGAAGCCCUAAUAAAAUAUUUUUUGGGGACCAUUUGGAUCACUCAUAUAUUUAUAUGCAAGCCAGAUUCGACAGUAUUUUCUCUAUUUUAUUUGGUCAAUGGUUUAAGAUUCAGUAAUUUAUCCUACUCACUAUGAAAUUAUAAAAUAAAUAAAUAAACACACAUUAUACGUACAUCAGAGUUUCCUAUGAAUUUCGAUUCCUUUGCCUAUUUCGAUUUUUGUAAAGAAAAAUUGUUGGGAGAAUGAAAACUGCGAUUAAAAUUGCUCCAAAAUAAGAUUUUUUUUGUCAUGCAGUUUAUUUGGCUAUAUUUUUACCAUAUAAUAUGCAAUCGUUUGCAGUUGAUUUUUAGUGAUAAAUAUCUUUAUAAGUAAUUGACCAAUCUAAGCAUGACUUGAUUGUAUGAUAGCCUACGAUACUCAAAUUUAUAAAAUUAUAUUGAUAAUAAAUGUGCAAUGAGAUAUAA